GGGGGAAAAGGUGGUGGGAACCUGAGACAUACCUAAUUUGGUGCGAUGUUGUACGACAAUGGCCAGUAUUUUCGAGCUGGAGACGGACCUUUUGUCGCCCAGGACUGCGAGUUACUCCGCUGCGAAAAGGCCGAAAUGCAUCAUGCAUCCAGCCAGGAAGUCAACGUAAGUGGCGUUACACUUGUCUUGGGAGCGAUGCUGCUGUACUUUUGGCGACGAAUCAUUAUGCUCCCUAUUGAACUCCCUUACAUGUGCUGCACUUCACUCACCAGAGCAUGUCGCUUUUCACAAGAAAUCAUUUUACGAUUUUGAGCCUUUAAAGAGCACCCUUCACGCCUUCGAUCUCGGCUGUUGGGGCUAGUGAAUCGCCUUGCUACAUGCGCAGUUGACAUGUUUUCCAAGAAGGAAGUUAACAGAGCAUAUGAGUUGGAGGAAAAUAGCACAUCGAUUGCAAAUGGUAGAAAGCCAAGUCCUAGCAACAAUGAGAACACCACUGCUACUCUUGAGCCCGCAGCUCAGUCUGGUGACCUCGAAGAGCGUGGCUCAGAUGAAGAUGAUAUCGAGUAUCCAACGGGGGUAAAGCUCGCCUUGAUCACGGUAUCUCUCUUCGUGAGCAUGUUCCUGGUGUCGCUGGACAGGUUAAUUAUCUCAACUGCAAUUCCCCAAAUUACUAACGACUUCAACUCGGCCGGCGACAUUGGCUGGUAUGGCACGGCAUAUCUUCUGACGAGCUGUGCCUUCCAGCUUGUCUUUGGCAAGAUUUACACCGUCUUCAGCAUCAAAGCCACCUUUUUGACCUCAAUCAUCCUGUUUGAAGCUGGUUCUGCAAUAUGCGGCGCCGCGCCGAACUCGAUUGCUUUCAUUCUGGGCAGAUCCAUUGCUGGUCUCGGGUCUGCAGGCGUCUUUGCUGGUGUUAUGGUCGUCAUCGUUUUUGCAGUUCCAUUGCAUAAACGGCCAGUCUACCAAGGCUCCUUUGGCGGUGUUUUUGGUAUUUCGUCAAUUGCAGGACCACUGAUUGGCGGCGCUUUCACAUCGAAUGUCACUUGGAGGUGGUGCUUCUACAUUAAUCUUCCUCUUGGCGCCGUGGUCUGCGUCCUCGUCCUCUUUCUACUGCAUAUUCCAGACCGGCCUAGUACGCAUAUGCCCUUCCGCAGCAAACUCGUACAGCUCAAUGCCCCGGGGCUCCUCGCUUUGCUGCCUGGAAUUGUUUGCCUGUGCUUGGCCUUGCAGUGGGGUGGCACCACAUACGAGUGGAAUCAAUGGCGAAUUAUUUUGUUACUUGUUCUCGGAAUCGUACUCUUGAUCGUAUUUGUCUUGAUACAAAUCUGGAAACCAGAUCAGGCAACUGUGCCGCCAAAAAUCUUUGCUCAACGCAGUAUUGCCUCUGGGUUCUGGAUAGCCUGUUGUGCAGGUGCACAUCAGAACCUGUUUGUUUACUAUCUCCCCAUUUGGUUCCAAGCCAUUCAGGGUGUCUCAGCUGUGGGAAGUGGUAUUCGGCUCCUCGCAAUGCUGUUACCCACCGUUAUUGCCACUGUUGUCAGCGGCAUCCUCAUCUCUCGCAUUGGCUAUUACAACCCGUUCCUGAUCUUUGGUAUCUGUUUGACGGCAAUUGGCAGCGGCCUGCUUACAACAUUGAAAGUAAACACGACUACGGGCCAGUGGAUCGGGUAUCAGAUUCUCUACGGUUUUGGGUUUGGCUCGUCCAUGCAGGUGCCCAACAUGGCCGCGCAGACGGUGCUGGCCCGUGAGAAGGUUGCCAUCGGCGUAUCGCUCAUGUUCUUCGCCCAGAUGCUCUUGGGCUCCGUCUUCACCUCUGUGGGCCAAAAUGUUCUAGACAAUCAGCUGGCGAACCGCCUCGCCGGGGUUCCCGGCAUCACUCGUCAGAUCAUUGUGCAGACGGGCGCUACAAAUCUGCUUAAUAUCGUCCCUACACAGUACCACGACAUGGUACUGCAGGCUUACAACGAAUCGUUGUGUGUUUGCUUUCAGGUGGGGCUGAUCAUGGCUUGUUUGGCCAUUCUUGGUGCGCUUACGAUGGAGUGGAGGAGUGUCAGGAAGAACUUACCAGCCGAGAAGCCUACCAAUGGCAGUACGGUUGAGUUGGCUGAAGGUGAGGAUGAAGUUGCCGCUGAUAGAAGUGUUGACGACGGUGGUGGCUCCAGGGUGGCUCCAUCUAUCACGAGCAACAAGUCCAACGGUGUUCCGACUCAAGGGAGCGACCAAGAUGCGUCGACAAACCCGACUUCUGAGAUAUCUGAGGGGAAACACCUCGAAGGAAAGGAGAAAUGAUAUACUAUAUGAUAAGGUUGGUCUUGUUUAAUUAGAGAUCGACUGAGACAUUGAAGAUCCAUCUCUUUCAAGACAAAUAUAUUUUUGAUUGGAUCUCGAG